AUGCUGGAAACAAGAAACUCAAACAAGGUGGAGGAGAAGAAAGGGAGGGGCGCACUAACCGGCGCAGAGACAGACGACCCACACGUAGAAGAAGUUGAGGUAGGGGAUGCCGGUCUUGCUCUUGUUGAUCUCGUCCAGCCUGCAUCCUGGGCACCCUUCCUUGCAGAGUUUUCUCUCCCUCGCUGCUGCCAGCAAUGGCGCCGCCGAAGACUCGUUUCUCUCGCUGGCGGCCAUUAA